GACCAAUCAGUGGUGGCCAGCGCCAGGAAGUACACCAUCUCCGGCUGGUCUGUAUGGGUCUGUCCCUCACAGGUGGCUUCCUGGCUCCGAGUCCGUCCACUUCUUGACGGUCCGUCUGACAGCGUCACUGCAGAAAGACGAGCGAGUUGACAGCAGAGUGACCCUGUGCUUCAGAACCGGACACACCACUCUGACCGAGGAGACCCGGAAGCCCGAAAGGUGAAUCAGAAUGGCUCAGGGGAUACCAGAUGAGGUGAUGAUGAAUACUGCACUUAUAAAAGACUUGGCAGAAGUGGCCAGAGAUGCAGCACUCCAGCAGGGUGUCCUAAUGAGGAUCAAAGAGACUCCCAACUCAUCUGAGUUGGUGACUUACACUUCAUUCACACUCUUCCCCACGCCUGUGCCUAAAGCUGUGUUCCACCAGGCUCUGGCAGUGCAAACUCACUACAACAACCUGGUGGACAGGAUCAGCCAGGAUCCAGACUUUCUGCAGGAAGCUCUUGCUAGCACCAUCGCAGUGGAUGACUUCACAGCGAGGUUGUUCAAGAUCCAUCAACAGAUCCUGAAAGAAGGAAGGUCUCAAUCUAUUGUGUUGGGUCUCAAUCGCUCUGAUUACAUGCUGGACCAGAGCGAGGACGGGACGUCAUCUCUAAAACAGAUAGAGAUCAACACCUUUGCUGCUAGUUUUGGAGGUCUCUCAUCACGCACGCCAGAUUUACAUCGACAAAUACUUAAGGUAGCCGGCCGCCUGGAGGAGAGUGAACGCAUCCUCGACAAUAAUCCUGCUGCUGGUCUGGCUGGAGCAAUUGCUAAAGCCUGGGAGCUGUAUGCAUCAGAGGGAGCCAUCGUCAUGUUCUUGGUGGAAGACACCCAAAGAAACAUCUUUGACCAGCGAUGUAUUGAGUAUGAACUGUGGAAGAAAAACAUUCCCACAAGAAGAAAGCGGUUUGACGAUGUUUGUAAAACAGGAUCACUUCAGGACAAGAAGCUUUUUGUUGAUGGCCUGGAGGUUGCAGUGGUGUACUUCAGGAAUGGCUACAUGCCUCAGAACUACGUUUCUGAACAGUACUGGGAUGCUCGUCUUCUGAUUGAGCGCUCCCUGGCUGUGAAGUGUCCGGACAUCGGCACCCACCUGGCUGGAACCAAGAAGGUCCAGCAGGUGCUCGCACAGCCUGGAGUUCUGAAGAAGUUCUUCCCCGACCAGCCUCAGGUAGUGGAGCAGAUCAGAGCAACUUUCGCUGGCCUCUACACUUUAGACAUGGGCCCAGAGGGUGAUCAAACAGUAGCGAUGGCUCUGGCAGCACCGGACCGGUUUGUCCUGAAGCCCCAGCGAGAAGGAGGAGGUAAUAACAUCUAUGGCUCAGAGAUCUGCAAGAUCCUGGAGGGAAUGAAGGAGCCUUCUGAGAGGACGGCCUAUAUUCUGAUGGAUAAAAUCCAUCCCACCCCCUCAAAGAACUACCUGCUGAUGCGAGAUGCUCCCCUCCAGAUCUCUAACUGUCUCUGUGAACUGGGAGCGUUUGGAGCAUAUGUCAGACGAGGGGAAGACAUGGUGAUGAACGAGUGUGUGGGCCAUCUGCUGAGGACCAAGAGUUCGGAACACGCAGAUGGAGGCGUAGCAGUGGGAGUCGCUGUGCUGGACAAUCCUCUCCUCUUCUGAGAAGUUACUCUUUUCCUCGCUGGGCGCAUUCUAACUUUGUCCUCAAACAGCAUGAAAAGAAUGAGCAAAUAUGUCCCAGACAUAUAUAUAUAUAAAUGUAACAUAUAUAUAUAUAUAUAUAUAUAUAUGUUACAUUUAUAGCUAUAAACUGAUUUAUGAGGACCAAUUUACAGUUUUUACAUUAUGUCUGUCAAAACUGCAGGGCUGCUCUCAAAUACACUCUCAAGGGUUUAGGGAAGUUAUAAUACUUCGUGCUGGUAAGUGAUUUAAAAGCAUAAUUUUAAUAGAAUAUUCUCACUCCAGCAACACGUUAGAAUUCCAUAAUUUUGCAAUAAAUGCUGAUAUGGGGACAUUUAUGGGAUAAUGUUAACUGUUACUGUAUCACUUCACAGUAGAAACAUUGUAAAGUUGGACCAAAUCACCACCUUGUGGUACUCAAAUGUUACUACAACAUGUUCCAAUAUGUUGUGAACCAGUGUGGCCACCCCCUGUUAUUAAAAGGUGGUUAAAAAAGGUCUUACAACAUAGUUCAAUACAAUUUAACACAGCUGCAGCCUCCCACUGAUACAGUUCUAGUUUAGGAAAGCCCAUGUUAAAAGGAAUACUCUCAGGAUUACUAGUUUAAUAAAAAAUAAAUGAUAAAGUGUCCUUAA